AGCUUACUUUAUCAACUACGAGGUGUAUUUUAGGACAAUCAGUUAUUAAAUGGUCAUUGUAUUAACAGCAGUAGCAAUCACUGUGAACUUACUAGUAGAGAUAACCUGUAAAAAGGUUAUCACAUAUAGUGCAGAAUAUUUCAUAAUCUUAUUAAUACUCUGUAUUUAAAAGUUAAAUGUUAGAUGAAAAAAAAAUUAGGAGUUUUUUUGUUUACAUUUUAUUAAUUUUAUAAACGGUCCUCUUUCUAUGUAAAGCAGGCUUGUAAAACCAGCGCUUUUAAUUGA